AUGUCUUCCCCACAAAUCUCCGGCCUUCUCGGCCCCGUCGUCGCCCUUAAUGCAUGGACCUUCGCAAUGGAGGUCUGGAUGUACGCCGUGCGCAUCCCAUUCCUGGAGAAACAUCGCAUCGCAGCCGACAAUACCAUCACCAAGAGCCAGCUGGACGCGAAGACGCCGACCUCGGUACGCUGGAAGGUGGAUAACUUCAACCAUCUCUUUGAACAGCCCACUCAGUUCUACGCCAUUUCUCUGGUGCUGGCGUUCGCACGCCACGGGAAGAAUGAGAAGCUGGAUGUGUAUCUGGGGUGGGCGCCUGAAGCUACAGCACCAGAAUUGGGUAUCGUCGAUCAUCUCAAACGUCAGAUCGUGUUCGCCGCGUUUAGCUUCAGGCAUUCCAUCUGGUUCGUUGUAGAGGGCCUUGCCACGCAUCAGAUGGAGCCAACACCCCAGGUUUUAUGGUUGGCCUAA